UCCGUUAAACAAAACAUACUAACAGUCAAAAUGCUGGCUGUUUUAUUUUUGAAUCGUAUAACAGCUCGAAGACGAGCAGCUAAACUUGAGAUAAACUCAGUAAAACCGGAGAGAAAAGACCCGGAUGUAUUAGUAUGCAGAACUUGUCUGAGCAUCGAAAAUUUGGUACCUAUUUUCGACAGCAAGGAACCUUCAGAGAAAAUGUCUUCAGAUCUAAGAUUGGUUACCGGUUUAGAGAUCAAACCAAAUGAUGGUUUGUCACAAAAUAUAUGUGAUAAUUGUAUAAAGGCCAUGAAAGCUGCAAUACAGUUUAGAAAAACAAGUAGAAAAGCACAAAAAGCUCUGCUCAAUACUGCAACUAGUAUUAAAAAGAAAUACACAAAAAAAUCACUAUUAAAUAUAAAAAGGAUACCACAGAUUGAAAAAGAGGAAAAUAUAGAUUAUAAUUAUGAAUUCUUGGACAAUGAUUUUCAAACAGAUUAUUCUGAUAUGCCAGAAUAUAAACCACAAAUUGUUAUAAAAAGGGGAAAUUGUAAAGAGUCUAAAGGUAAAGGGUUAACCCUGAUUCCAAAUGCCUCAUCAUACAGAUGUAGCUUCUGUUCUAAAGAGUUCCGUAUGAAAGCAACAUAUAAGGCACAUCUGCGGUUCCAUACGCAUUACUGUGUUUGUGAGUCGUGCGGCAAACGGUGCAGGAAUCACAACCAGUUGCAAGAACAUAAGCGCGCGCGACACGGCCUCGGUCGCAUACACAAGUGUGCCUACUGCGAGUAUACAUCUGCUACUAAAGAGGCUCUUACUAUCCACGAGCGUCGUCACACAGGUGAGAGGCCAUAUGUGUGCGACCACUGUGGCGCCACCUUCCACCGACGCUCAAACCUUGUUCAACACAUCGCUAUACACCUGCCUGAGAAGAACUUUCAGUGUGACAUGUGCCCAAAGCGCUUGAAGUCCCGCAAGUUCCUACAGAUACAUAAACACAAUGCGCAUACUGGCCGUCGCUAUGGUUACCUCUGCCCCGUCUGUGAACAUCGCUUCGAGAAACCAAACAAAGUGCGUGCGCAUAUGCGUCGUGUGCAUGGCCUGCCGGAUGACACUCAUAGUCCUAUUGUCAGAGUGCAACUGUGAGAAUACUGGACAGAUAGUGGCGUUUGAAGAUUGACAUUCUUACUAGUCAUUAAGAAUUUUACGGUAAAGAUGGAAAUUAUCACUUCCUACCGAA